UUUUUUCUUUGAUCAUCACUAUCAGACACAGACCCACUAAGAAAAGGAGAAAAAAGCUCAUGUGAAUGUGACAAUGGAAGCUAAGCCUCUUCGAAUUGUUCCCUCUUCACACAACACUUCUGAAGGUGGACCCCAGAAGAAGAUUGACAUGGGACACAUGAUGGAAGGUGGUGUUGUUGUUGAUGAGGGAAAGAGGGUUGUUUUGGUCAAUGAGGAGAAAGAGAACUCUUCUUCAAGUGUUGAACUUCAUCUUGGGGUUGCUGCUCAUUCUGCACCACAACCAAUAAACCAUGUCAUGAUCACAGAAACUCAGAGGCUUGAGCUUGACCAUCAAGUUUUCAUCUUCAACCACUUGGUUUCUAACCUUCCUCUUCCUCAAUCUCAUCACCACCUUGUGCAAUUCCCAACCAAUAUGUCAGAAUACAGUCACCUUGGUUUUGAUUAUGGGAAUAUGGUGGAUCCAGAACCACAUAGGUGUAGAAGAACUGAUGGUAAGAAAUGGAGGUGUAGUAAGCAUGUUGUGCCUGAUCAGAAGUACUGUGAAAGGCACAUGCAUAGAGGUCGCAAUCGUUCAAGAAAGCCUGUGGAAACAUCUCAUGCCAACUCUCCUUUGGGUGCAAAACCUUCUACCAAGUUACAUACCAAAAAGACAGAAGUUGAAGUUUCGAAUCCAAACCUUUUGGGUGACACAUCUUCCAGCACUGCAUCAAGGAGCCCCAGUAUUGUCAAUUGCCCUUCUGCUAAUAAUAGGCCGAACAAUAUCGAAAGUUCUGCUGACUACCUUGCAACUUUUUCUUCAGCCUCUAUGGCAUCCCCUGGCUCCAUUCUUGCCACUAAAGUUGCUCCUAAGGUAGCCCCUUUCAGCAGCGUUGCAAAUGCUACUUCAGAUUACAAAAGUUGCUUGAAUGUGUGCAAGAAAGAUAACCAGACCAAGAGCAGUAUUGGCAGCAACAUUGGUAUUAAACGUGGAGGGAAAGGAAGCAUUGUUGGUGAGAGUAAUGGAAUGUCUACUGGAAUAGGCUUCUCUCCAAGGAGUGUUCUUCAAGUUUCUGGUUGCAACUCUUCAUACCUGAAUGAUAGAAACAACAUAGAACCUGAACCCGGAAGGUGCCGGAGAACAGAUGGUAAGAAGUGGCGUUGCAAGAGUGCUGUUCUUCCCGGUCAGAAGUAUUGUGCCACUCACAUGCACAGAGGUGCGAAAAAGCGUUUCACAAACCAUGAACCGGCUGCCACAUCUUCUGCUGUUACCAUUGCUAGGUUGCCUCACACUUCAGCCUCAAGCAACAUUCAGAAAGCUUAUUGUACAAUUCCAAAUACAAAUCUUUCGAUGUCAAUCCCAACAAGUGCCCCUUUCAUAAAGUGUAAUGAGAAAAGUCCUAGUAGCAGUGACACUGAUACCACCAUCACUGACACCUUGAAUGAGUGUAGCUAUGCUUCUUUCUGAGAAGCUUUUUGUUUUAA